AGAAGAAGAAGAAAGAGGAGGACUUCCGGACAAAAUACAAACACAUGGCAGACAGUUUCAGACGGUAAGGUUAUUUUUACCCUUUAAAUGUCUUUUUUUUUAUCGUUUAAGUUUAUUUACGGUGAUUGAAUAUAUCUAUGUUGUGAGACACCGCAUUAGGGGCCUCUUUUCUAUGAUAUUAAGAGUUUAUGUCCAUUUUUAGCUGAAGUGUUGAACAUUUUCGCUUAAAAAAAACAGACUUUUAUACAUCAAUAUAGUAAGGGUAUCUAUCGACUACUUUGUGCUGCUCGUACUGUAAAAAAACUUUAAUAAUUUGUCGUUUAAUGUUCGUGUUGUAUGAGAGUGAAUAAAUCCAUCAGCAGACACUUAAAAAUCUUCAUUUACCUCCAUUACAAGGAUGAUUUUUACAUUUAUCUAAUCCUACUUUUCUAUACAUUUAUAACUCUGGAUAAUAACUGUUUUAAUGUCAGUAAAUAUGAACAAUGAAACCUUAAAAGAGUCUGCUAAAUCAGUGGUUCUCAACUGGUGGGUCCCGACCCAAAAGAGGGUCACGAACAGCUGGUCAAAAAAGUAAACAUUUAAAGGUGGGGAAGGCAGGAAUCCGUUAAAGAAGCGUCUUCUUUUUGUGGUUUUUAUACAAAAAAGCUUUUAAUAUCAGUCAAUAGUUAUUAGUUAUUGCUGACCUUUGGCAAUAUAACAAUAUCUCUGUGUUCUCUUAUGUCUGUGUAGUCAACAUUUUUAACAUUUUUCAGUGGCCCACUCUUUCUGACUGUAAACAAAGCCGAGAUCCACCUCCUCAACCUGAUUGGUUGUGAGGCGGAUGCUGCUCCUGGGUGCUGAUUGUAUGUGAGGCAGACGCUGCUCCCCCAUGUCGUUCGGGAGCCCAAAUAAAGUUAGUGUGCUACAAUAUCAGACAGUAGAAACCAACCAGAAAGUACAGAAAAUUGUCUGAAUCCUCCUUUGACCACGGCUGCCAACACAAGCAAGAAAACAAGGUAAAUACCGGUGACUCUUUGCAGAAUAACAGGCGCUUAAAAAGGAGGUAGACCGGACAAGAGCUAAAAAGCCGGGUCAACAUAAAUGAUGGGGGACGCUUGGGGAUCUUGGUGACCCUGUAACCUUUCUGCUGGACAGGUAAACCGCUUUAACAAAGUAAGCCAAGUGUCUGUAACAGAAGUGUUUCUAGUCAAACGGGACCUGCUGUAGCGUGUUGCAGCGCCACUAAACUGUUGACCUCUGGUCCUGGACUAUGUCACUUUAUCCUAGUUGUAGAAGUCCUGCAAACAUUGUGUUUGCUGGUAGUCUGUUGGCAUUUACAGUAGCACCAGUGCUUUUUACUUUCACCUUGACUGGGCCCCAUUUGUAAUUAUCUGAAGUAUUUAUCUGCAUUAUAUCUGAAUUUAACUGGAACGAUACGAGCAGGAGCGUCUGUUUGUGGGCGGGGAUGCUGGAGCAGAGAGGGAGGGAAGAGGAUGAGCUGAGGGGAAAACUGGUUGAGAGGGGUAGAGUUUACAUUCAAGAUUUCUCCUAAAAACUGGAACUUCAUCAGAUCCUGACUACCCCACCUGUAAUAUGCAUCUGAUGUUUGACGUGUCUUAUUUUAAAAAAUAAUAAUUUUAUUUUGAAAGGCACGUGUUGUCAAGGUCCUCCUUGGUUUCUUAUUAAUGUGGCCUGAAUGCAGUAAAAAAAACUUUUUUUUUUUUUUUUACUUUAUUUUGUGCAAUUUGAUAUUUAAUAUUUUCUGUACAUGCAACUUCAGUAGUUGUCGUCCUUAGUUCAUGUGCUCUGAAAUGCACUUUCCUCAAUAAAAUGGGUGUAUUUAUGAUAAAGAUUUGAGUCUUUAAGGUGUUUUUUUAUUUAAAAAAAAUAAAAUUCUUGGUUUGAAUUUUAUAAAAGUAGGUCGCAACUUACGGUCAUCACCUAACAGUCUCUCUCUCUCUCUCUCUCUCUCUCUAUUUUCCAAAACUCUUCCAUCUCAAUAUACCUCCUCUGUCUUUUUUCAGUUUCAGGUUUCAGUCAUGACGCGGUGGGCGAGAGCGAAUAACGUCCAUAAACACAAACCAGCAGAGGCCACACCAUGGAGCCGACUAAAGGCAGGAGGAGGAAGAGGAAGAGGAGGAGGAGGUAGACCUGGUGGACCUGCAGGUACCAAACAAGGAGAGCACCUGAGAGGGACUCGACCAGGCGGAUCAGGUGUGAAGAAACCAAACAAGAAGAAGAAAGAGUACGACAACGAGGACGUGAAUGGUUUCCUGGAGUAUCUGCAGCAGAGCGGACAGCCGCUGCCCCGGGGGGAGAGAAGAGGGGAGGGAGGGAGGGAGGAGGAGGAGAGGGAGAUCAGGGAGGAGGUGGAGACGGCGCUGAAAAAAGACAGAAGACGAGAAGACAGACGAGUAAAGAGGCAGACAGACAAGAAGAACAAAAUGGUGAGGGAGAUUUUCAAACCAUAACCCUGGUUGAAGUUUCUGAAUCUUCUCAAGUUGAAGAGUUUUGGGUCAGAUUUCUGUGAAAUCUUCUUUAUUUUUCUCUGAGGAGAAGCUGCUAAAAUCUCUUUGAAAGCUUCCUGCCUCUCCUCCUAACUCCUUUCCUUGUCUCCUCGUCUCCUCCAGCUGUGUUUCAACUGCAGGAAGCCCGGUCACGGUCUGGCCGACUGUCCGGAGGCCGACAGGGACGAGGAGAUGGGUCGGGGGAUCUGUUACCGCUGCGGCUCCACCGAACACGAGAUCCAGAAAUGUCGGGCCAAAGUGGACCCUGCUCUGGGUGAGGAGAGGAAACACAAAUCCUCCGAAGAGUUUGUGUUUAAAGCUGCUUCACUAACACUAACAUGUGCUCUGUGUCAGGUGAUUACCCGUUCGCCAAAUGCUUCAUCUGCAGUCAGACGGGACACUUAUCUCGGUCCUGUCCUGAUAAUCCAAAAGGACUUUACGCUCAAGGUACGAACUCUGAAUCUCACCGCUCUGACAUGAAUUAAGAAACACAAUUUUUAAAGCAUUUCUUUCUUUUCUCUGUUCAGGAGGCUGCUGUCGAGUUUGUGGCUCAGUGGAACAUUUUCAGAAGGACUGUCCAGAACAUCAGGCUGCCAGUGAGUCCUGCCUGUCUUCAUCUCUGAACUUCAGUUUUUUUAUAGAUUUGAUGCUGAAGUUUCUUCAUCUGGACUUUUAGACUUUCAGAGAAGUGAAAUCCUGAGUCUUACAGGAUCUGACUCUGAUUCUUGUCUUCUGUCCCUCUAGCUAACUCUGUGACAGCAUCCUGGCUGUCCAACAACAUGAGCGCAGACUACGAGGACGUCCACGUCCCCGUGACCAAAGCCAAACCCAAACAGAUGAAAGUGGUGACGUUCUGAUCUGCAGAGAGAACCAAACAAAAGAAAUGGAUCUAUUGUUAUUUUUAUUCAGAGACACUAAAUCCGCUCUGUGUAAAUACCAUGAAGAGAACUUGAAUAAAAAAAUAUCCUCUGUGCACCUGCAGUUCAUACCUGCCCGUUUUUCCCGGGACUCUCCUGUAUUGCAGACCUUUCUCCAGCCCACCUCCCGUAUUGUCAUUAGUCCGGUAGUUUGAUGGUCUACGCUUAUUCAUGAAUCGGAUCGCUAUAUUUGUCCAAAGUUCCCAGACGACCGAAGAUUGUCCUGUGUUUCUGCUGAGCCUCACAAACACUGGAUUGAUACUUUGACUUUACAGUUUGGGAUGAUUCAGGUCGGUUGAAGCUGUAAACUAUAUUGAAACAGUGUUUGUUGCAAAAUGAACACUUAAAAUGAAAGGGAAAAGUGAGAUAUAAUAUCAACUAUUGUUAUGAUAUGACUAAAUUCUCUGGGAACAUAAUAUGGCCGAAGAGCAACUGCCAACAGUUCAAUAUCUGGACAACACAAGUUCUCCUUGACAGUUCUGUGUGAAGGGUUACACCAUCUCUGGUUGACAAAUAAAGCCAGACCUCCUCCUUUCUUCUUG